ACCAAUGUGUGGGUGGCAGCGACCGGCGACGGGGAUGCGGCCUAUAAAUGCUCCCGUCCAUCCUCGUGUGCGCCAUUAUCUCUUACAUCGACCCCAUAACAGUCGAAUUGUAAGACGAAGAGCUGCUUCUGCCACCCUCCAGCGAGAAUAAAACUGAACAAAAAUGCGUGAGUGCAUCUCCAUCCACGUUGGUCAGGCCGGUGUCCAGAUCGGCAAUGCCUGCUGGGAGCUUUACUGCCUUGAACAUGGGAUCCAGCCGGACGGACAGAUGCCCAGUGACAAGACCAUCGGAGGAGGAGACGAUUCCUUCAACACCUUCUUCAGCGAGACUGGAGCUGGAAAACACGUCCCCAGAGCUGUGUUUGUGGACCUGGAGCCCACUGUCAUCGAUGAGGUUCGCACUGGUACCUACCGCCAGCUGUUCCAUCCUGAGCAGCUGAUCACCGGCAAAGAGGACGCUGCCAACAACUACGCCCGUGGACACUACACCAUCGGUAAAGAGAUCAUUGAUCUGGUUCUGGACAGGAUCCGCAAACUGGUGGGUAAAAUUAUUCUUACAUUCAUCUUCAUAACAACACAUAAAAUGAUAAUCUCUGUAUCUCAUAUUUGUCUGCUGUGUCUCCCUCUCUGUCCUCAGGCUGACCAGUGCACUGGUCUUCAGGGCUUCCUGGUGUUUCACAGCUUCGGUGGAGGCACCGGCUCUGGUUUCACCUCCCUGCUGAUGGAGCGUCUGUCUGUGGACUACGGCAAGAAGUCCAAGCUGGAGUUCUCCAUCUACCCAGCUCCCCAGGUGUCCACUGCUGUGGUGGAGCCCUACAACUCCAUCCUGACCACCCACACCACCCUGGAGCACUCUGACUGUGCCUUCAUGGUAGACAACGAGGCCAUCUACGACAUCUGCCGUAGGAACCUCGAUAUCGAGCGUCCCACUUACACCAACCUGAACAGGUUAAUUGGUCAGAUUGUAUCCUCCAUCACCGCUUCUCUUCGUUUUGAUGGUGCCCUGAAUGUUGAUCUGACAGAGUUCCAGACCAACUUGGUGCCAUAUCCCCGUAUCCACUUCCCUCUGGCCACCUAUGCCCCUGUCAUCUCCGCUGAGAAGGCUUACCACGAGCAGCUCUCAGUGUCUGAGAUCACAAACGCCUGCUUUGAGCCGGCCAAUCAGAUGGUGAAAUGUGACCCUCGCCACGGCAAGUACAUGGCUUGCUGCCUUUUGUACCGUGGUGAUGUGGUGCCUAAAGAUGUCAAUGCUGCCAUUGCCACCAUCAAAACCAAGCGCACCAUCCAGUUUGUGGACUGGUGUCCCACCGGCUUCAAGGUUGGCAUCAACUACCAGCCACCCACUGUGGUUCCUGGUGGAGAUCUGGCCAAGGUCCAGAGGGCCGUGUGCAUGCUGAGCAACACCACUGCUAUUGCAGAGGCCUGGGCUCGGCUGGACCACAAGUUUGAUCUGAUGUACGCUAAGCGUGCCUUUGUUCACUGGUAUGUAGGUGAGGGUAUGGAGGAGGGAGAGUUCUCUGAGGCCAGAGAGGACAUGGCAGCUCUGGAGAAGGAUUAUGAGGAGGUGGGAGUCGACAGUGUUGAGGGUGAGGGAGAGGAUGAAGGAGAGGAGUAUUAAGAAGGGACGUGAAGGCUUUAUUUAAGAAAUAAUUGAUUACAAUGUGUCCCGAAAUGCAUUCCAAACAAGUGUGUCAUUUUGACUGUUCAGAUUAAAACUUCUGAAAAUGUCAAGUUUCACUAUGUUCUCAAUAAAUUCUCUGUAACAACAACAAGUUGGUUGUCCUUCAUUAAUUCAGCAUAAACCUAUUGAAUAUCUGUCAUGAGCGUUCUGGCCUGAAAAAUGCUCAUAUUUUUGAAGUUUGACUAUUUGGAGACAAAGGAUUUAAAAGGACAUGAAUCAGCUCCAGAUGCCCUUAAAACAUUCCAUUACUUAAUUAUUUGGAUGCUGAGUUAAUAAAACUGACAAUUCCGGUUCAUGAUGAAGACGUGUUUUAAGCGCUCGAGAAUUUCACAUUUUUUCCUCAAUGCAUUCCAAAAAGAAAAAAAUAUUGGUCAGUCAAACAUUUGUCAGAAACUGAAAAAUGCUGGGCUAAGUUCAAAAUAAAUUUCCUGUAACAUGAA